GAAACAGAGGAAACUCCCCCGACAUUUAUUGCCCGCAUUCCUUUUUGUUGAGGCUCUCUUGAAGCCUUCUCUUCCCACCUUUUUUGCACCUGUAAUCUCAUUCUUAAGUGUUUUUCCCUUAUACUAUUUAUUAAUAGUCCAUUCCAUUCCAUUCCAUUCCAUUUUCUGUUAAAAUUUUUCUUUCUGGGUUGGUCUUUGAUUUAAGAAAUCUUCAAUUCUUGAAAUGGGGAAGAAAUCUUAUUCCUCUUCCGCAUGGCGAGGGUGGCGGUAUUUUGAACCUCGCUAUUACAUGAAGAGGCCUAAACGACUGGCAUUGGUUCUUGUCGUUUGCAUCUCUGUUACAUGGCUAGUCUAUGACCGCCAAUCACUCAAUAGGGAGCACCAGGAGGAUAUUUUUAGAUUAAAAGAAGAGGUUACCCGCUUGCAAAAUACACUGGAGAAUAUAAAGAGCCAUAUGAAAGGCCCGGCAGAAAGUAUCCAAAAUGAUGAAAAAAUCAAUAAAUUCCACGAAGGUGUUUAUGUUGAGGAUGAUCCUAUUAGCAUACAACGAAGAGAGAAAGUAAAAGAUGCUAUGAUUCAUGCAUGGACAUCUUAUGAAAAGUUUGCAUGGGGCAAGGAUGAACUUAAGCCACAAUCAAUGAACGGUGUUGACAGUUUUGGCGGCCUAGGGGCAACUUUAGUAGAUUCGCUUGACACAUUAUUUAUAAUGGGUCUUGAUGCCCAGUUCAAAAGAGCUAGAGAGUGGAUUGCAAAAUCAUUGUAUUUUAACAAGAACAUUGAAGUUAGUGUGUUCGAGACAACCAUAAGGGUUCUGGGCGGACUUCUUAGUGCUUAUGAUCUCUCUGGUGACAAAGUCUUCCUUGAAAAGGCUAGAGAUCUUGCAGAUAAGCUGUUGCCUGCUUGGGAUACACCUUCAGGAAUCCCCUUUAACAGAAUUAACUUGGCAUAUGGCAAUACAAGUAAUCCUAGGUGGACGCGGGGGGGAAACAGUAUUCUUGCGGAUUCUGGUUCAGAGCAGCUUGAAUUUAUUGCUCUCUCUCAAAGAACAAAAGACCCCAAGUACCAUCAAAAGGCGGAGAAGGUCAUCAAAGAGCUUCAAAGAACUUUUCCUGAGGAUGGGUUGCUUCCCAUAUAUCUUAAUCCACUUACUGGAACUAAAUCAGCCGGUUCAAUUACAUUUGGUGCUAUGGGUGACAGCUUCUAUGAAUAUCUACUCAAGGCCUGGAUACAAGGGAACAAGACUGAAGUAGUACAAUUUUACAGGGAAAUGUGGGAGACAUCAAUGAGAGGUCUUCAAAGCUUGAUUAGGAAGUCAACACCAUCAUCUUUUACAUACAUAUCUGAGAAGCUUGGAAAUGCACUCUUUGACAAGAUGGAUGAAUUAGCAUGUUUUGUUCCUGGAAUGGUGGCUUUGGGAUCUUCUGGCUAUGGCCCUGGAGAAGCUGACAAAUUUAUGUCUCUUGCAGAGGAGCUUGCAUGGACUUGUUACAAUUUCUACCAGUCAACACCAACUAAAUUGGCGGGGGAGAACUAUUACUUCCGCGAGGGAGAGGAUAUGAGUGUUGGUACCUCGUGGAAUAUCCAAAGGCCUGAAACAAUUGAGUCACUGUUCUACCUCUGGCGUUUCACUAGAAACAAGACAUACCAAGAAUGGGGUUGGGAUAUUUUCCAAGCAUUUGAAAAGAACUCUCGGAUUGAGACAGGAUAUGUUGGACUCAAAGACGUGACUACAGGUGCCAAAGAUAAUAUGAUGCAGAGCUUCUUCCUUGCAGAAACACUCAAGUACCUCUAUCUCUUGUUUUCGCCUCCAUCAGUCAUCCCUCUUGAUGAAUGGGUGUUCAACACAGAGGCCCAUCCUUUAAGAAUUGUGACUAGAAAUUCUCGGCAAGAGGGACUGAGUGUGGACCAAGAAGAGAAAUUUCCACACCAUUUGCAUGGUAGAAAAGAAGGUCGAAUGGAUUACAAGUAAUUAAGGUUUGUUGCUUUAUGAUUUAUGGUAAGCAAACCCCGAAGGACAUUUUUAGUUCCCUACUCAUGUUAGAUACACAGACUUCAACUCAGGUUCUGUGUGACAGCAUUUGUUACUGUCUUUGCGUGAGAAUGAUCCACCAUGUUGAUUAAUGGUUGCGCAGGGGACAACUUGUCCAGUUUUAUCAAAACCUCUAUAAUCAGGAUUGUCUGUCUCAUCCAAUCUACGUUAUGUGGUAAUGUGGUGAAGUAUACCUGGAAGCUUUUGUUUCCUGGUAUAGUAGUAGGACAAAUGUGGGUGUAAAUGCCUAUGUAGAAAUAGAAACCACUCUACUUAAUUUUUAACCAAUUUUGGCAAGGUUGUAAAUUCCCGUGUAUCAGUUGAACUGACCAUUAACAGGAA